CGGGCACCGAGUCCUCUGGCAAGACUGCGGGCACCGAGUUGUCUGGCAAGACUGCGGGCACCGAGUCAACUGGCGGAACAGCGGGCAUCGAGUCAACUGGCGGAACUGCGGGCAUUGAGUCAACUGGCAAGACUGCGGGCACCGAGUCGUCUGGCAAGACUGCGGGCACCGAGUCGACUGGCGGAACAGCGGGCACCGAGUCGUCUGGCAAGACUGCGGGGGCACCGAGUCGUCUGGCAAGACUGCGGGCACCGAGUCGUCUGGCAAGACUGCGGGCACCGAGUCGUCCGGCAAGACUGCGGGCAUCGAGUCGUCUGGCAAGACUGCGGGCACCGAGUCGUCUGGCGGAACAGCGGGCACCGAGUCGUCUGGCAAGACAGUGGGCUCCGAGUCAACAGGCACGACAGUGGGCACCGGGUCAUCAGGUAUCGGAUUGUCUGGCUCGACAGCGGGCAUCGGGUCACCAGGCAUCAGGUCAUUUGGCUUGCCAGCGGGCACCGCGUCAUCUGGCAAGGCAGUGGGCACCGGGUCACCAGGUAU